CGAAUCAAAUUCCACGCUCUUUUCCUUCCAUUAAAUUUCGGCCCUUUUUCCUGGACCAAAUAAAACGAACAAACUCACAAACAUACCUAUCUCUGCAGCGAUUCAUCCAACCAUUACUGCACCAAGGGUUCGUUUUUCGAGGUCCUUUGCAAUUCGAUUCUUCUCUCUCCAUUAGAUAUAUGUGUUUGUGUAUGUAUAAUUUUAUAAUAAUUACAGCGAUUCAAGGUUCUUCAAUAUCCGCAAUCUUAUCCUACGCCCCAGAAUAUGUGAUUAUCGAAAACUCUAAUUUUUGUCCCUUUGGGUCAUUUUCUGAUUGUAUUGAUCUGAAGGUUUCUAUUUUGAACUGGAACUAAAGAGUUUUCAAAGGAAGAGUGGGUUUGAUUGAUUUGAGCUACAUGGAAAGUGGGCUGGCGAAAAGGGGUUUGGAUCUUACUCUCAAAAAGAAAAAAUGGAUUAUCUUACUUGGAUUAAUGGGAUUUUCAAGUUAUGGUGUGUAUAGAGUGUAUCAUAUGCCUUCUAUAGUGAGAAAGAGGAGGAGAAUUAUAAAAUUGUUUGGAGCCAUAAUUUCAUUGGCUGAACUGGUUUCAGAUUCCGCAGAGACAGUAAGUGUUGUCUCCAAGGAUUUGAAGGAGUUUCUAAAAUCUGAUUCGGAUGAAAUCCCAAAUAGUUUGAAACAAUUGUCGAAAAUUGCUAGGUCAGAGGAAUUAUCCGAGUCGAUUAUUAGGGUUUCUGAGGCAAUGACUGUUGGAAUUUUACGGGGUUAUGGGGUUGAAAACAGUAGAAGCCAGAUUCAAGAAGCAGGGAAUUCGAGUUUUACGGAUAAAGUUAUGGAUAAGUUAAUGUCUGGUGCUGGAACAGGGUUUGUUUCUAUUGUUGUUGGUAGUUUUGCAAGGAAUUUGGUUUUGGGGUUUUAUGCAAAUGGUGAAACUGCUAGAGGGUCUAAUGGGAAUGGGUAUUCGGGCUUGUCUUCCGUGAAAUUAAAUUCUUCGACAUUGCCAAGAUGGGUAGAUGUGGUAUUGGACGAUAAACCGAGAGUGUUAAUAGCUGAUUGUAUUAAGACUUUUGUGAGCACUGCAGUUGCUGUCUAUCUUGAUAAAACAAUGGAUGUUAAUUUCUACGACGAUAUGUUCUCUGGAUUGACUAACCCUAAACAUCAGAGUAAGGUGAAGGACAUACUGGUUUCUCUCUGUAAUGGGGCAGUUGAAACUCUUGUUAAGACAUCCCACCAAGUGUUGACAGCUUCAAAAUCGAGUUCUGCUUCUGGUUCGACUUCCCCUUGCUCGAUUGUUGAUCAGAGUGAAGAAUUGAGCUCAGAAAAUGACAAGGAUCUUGAACAGGCUGUGUCUUCGAGAAAAUUCAAAGAGACGAUCGGAUCUGUUGAUUUCCAGAGUAGUGGAUGGGUUAAUAGUGUCUCAUCAACAUUAGCGGUGCCAAGAAAUAGGAAAUUUGUGCUUGAUGUAACUGGCAGGGUGACAUUUGAAACCGUUAAAUCUGUGAUCGAGUUUUUCUUGUGGAAGGUGUCAGAGUGCUUGAGACGAAGUCUUAAUGUAGCUCAUGAUGGGGCAGUGGUGCGGGGACUUGAAGUUGUCCAAUAUGUUGGCGCUAAGUCUUCUGUCAUUCUUACCAUAUGUCUCGCAUUGUUUUUACAUGUAUUGGGCAGCACACGAGCCCUGUUGCCUGCAUAAAUUGAUUAUGUCUUUUGACAUUUGGAUGUUCAUUGGAUGGGGCAAUGGAACUUUACAUAGCUUGUAACUUCAAGGGAAAAUUCAUACUUAGCUGUAAUACGUAAAUGCAAUUUCUUGCGUGAACUUCCAUGUUCAUUGACAAUUUUAUCUUCUCUGUUUCCUUUUUAUGAAUUGUAUGAAUAUAGAGUAUGUAGGUACAUAAUGUAUUGUCUCAUAUUAAGCUGAAUCAAGAUUGUUACUCAUUUUAGAGGGAUGUUAAACUUGAAUGCUUCAAAUUGC